AUACCUACAACCGUCUCUGUUGGAAAUCUUGCAAGGCUUUUAGGAGUAUCCUUAAACACAUUGCACCGGAAGAUGCAUGAGGCCGGAAUGGGUGCAGAGGCUUCCUAUGAUCAUGUUUUGACCUCUGAGUACUCUGUGCUUCUUGCCCAGGAAUUCAAUAGAAAUCCGGUAAUCAAUGAUGCAGCUGCUUUCGACAUAUAUCCAUUACCUCCGCAUCCUAAUCCCUCUAGUCUCCCAUUAAAACCGCCCGUUGUUGCCGUCAUGGGCCACGUUGAUCAUGGUAAAACAACCCUAUUAGAUACACUCCGCUCGUCGUCUGUCGCAGCGGGUGAGGCGGGUGGAAUCACUCAGCAUAUCGGCGCAUUCUCCGUUCCAUUGCCAAACAGUGCCGGUGGUGACGGGCUGCGAGCAAUCACAUUCCUCGAUACCCCGGGGCAUGCCGCGUUUUCUGCUAUGCGGGCUCGUGGAGCUGGCGUAACAGAUAUUGUAGUCCUCGUAGUUGCAGCUGACGAUGGAGUCAUGCCUCAAACCAAGGAGGUCAUCGAACUUGCUCACAAGGAACAGGGCAAAGUGCAACUAGUUGUUGCAAUUAACAAGAUUGACAAACCAGGGAUCGACAUCAGCAAAGUUCACAAUGCACUACUGACCGAAGGUGUACAAUUAGAGGCCGUUGGGGGCGAUAUUCCAUCAGUCGAAGUAUCUGGCUUGACAGGAAAGGGCCUCGAUGAACUUUUAGAAACAAUAGCAACCGUCGCUGAAAUGCAAGACCUGCGGGCUGAGCGUGACUGCAAUGCCCAUGGGCAUAUCUUGGAGUCGAAAGUACAGAAGGGUCUGGGACCCACCGCGACAGUUUUACUAACGCGUGGUUGCUUGAAGGCUGGAUCCCACAUCAUCUGUGGCACAACUUUUGCAAGAGUACGCGCCAUGACAGACUCAUCUGGACAAGCAGUGAAAGAAGCCUAUCCCGGAAUGGCGGUCACUGUUGCAGGCUGGAAGGAGCUUCCUAACGCAGGUGACGAGGUUUUGCAGGGAACAGAGCAGGAUAUCAAGAAGGCUGUAGCAAAUCGGGAGCGGCAAGCCGAGCAGGAUGCUACCUUGAUCGACCUCGAGGCGAUCAACAGCCACCGUCGGCUAGAGCGCGAGCAGAAGGAAUUGGAGGCCGAGGCCGAAGCAUCAGGACAAGAGCUGACUGUUGAGUCAGACCCCGAGGGUCCUCAGGAGCUCCGACUUGUGAUCAAAGGCGACGUGAGUGGCAGUAUAGAGGCAGUUGCUGGUGCCGUGGAAGGCAUUGGGAACGACAAGGCUCGUGUGAAGAUCAUCUCUACUGGUGUUGGCGAGGUCAGUGAGUCGGACAUUCUCCGAGCUAAGGCUGCACAAGGCAUGGUCGUCGCUUUCUCUGUCCCCGUCCCAAGGGCCGCUGCCAAUGCUGCAAGCUCGAACAAUAUUCCGAUCUAUUCUUCAUCCAUUAUAUACGAAGUCGUGGAUGAGGUCCAGCGUCGCGUCAUUGAUCUACUCCCUUCAGUGACGGAACGGCGCGUCAAAGGCGAAGCCACCGUCCUCCAGUUGUUUGACAUACAAUUAUCUGGGAAGCGGACCAAGAAGAUUGCCGGUAGCCGUGUCACAAAUGGAAUUGUGGAUAAGACUAAGGGUGCACAGGUAGUGCGGAAUGGCGAGGUGGUGCAUGAUGGAAAUCUUGACACCUUCAGACACCUCAAGAAGGACAUCACACAGGCUGCGAAAGAUAUGGAGUGUGGUAUCAGUCUUGAUGGUUUCGACGAUCUUCGCGUGGGUGAUCUCAUACAAGUGUAUGACCUUGUUGAGUUACCGAAAACUCUAUAAUUUCGUAACUUAGCUAUGGUAGGCCUACGUGCCAAUUUAUUGCUCACUGGCGACCUGUGGUGGACACCGGUCAAA